AUGGGACCUGUCGAUGCGGUGCUCCUACAAUUCGGCCUGGGCGCGGCAGCCCUCGCCCUUCGAUACUUCUCACGGCCUUUCAUUGCUUGCUUCCAGCGCUGCACCUCUUGCGUUUGGAACUGCCUUUGUUGCCUCUGCAUCUACCGAAGGAAGCGGGCUUCUGUGCCCGAAGGCGCAGCUGAGGAGCCAAGCAGAUGCCUGCGUCUGAAGCGGUUUUUAGCGACCCAUGCCGCUGUCCGUUGGUAUUGGUUCCACAUGGCCAUGCAGUUGGGCUUCCUCACCCGCGAAUUCCAGGUGAUGUCAGUGGCCUGGCAGGAGAGCUGGCCGCGGGAGGUGCUUUUGUCCUACUGUGCCCUCUGGCUGACCUACACCGUGGUCCUGGUGGAAGUUUGCCACUUCUCAUCCGUUCGAAACAAAGAUGUCGUGACCAAGGUCACUGUGGAUGGGAUUCUGGAUAUGUUGCUGUUACCGGUAAACAUUGGAUUCUUCGGACACCUCUGUGUCAGGAAGCUUGCCCUGCCGUCAAACGAUGAACAUUCUCUGCACAUAAUCUCUACAAUCAUGGAGAGCUCAGAGAUCUGGGAAGCCUGGGCGCUGUGGUCAGUUUUGGGCCUCUUCGUCACUGUUGUGGACGUGGAGUCCCGACGAGAUCCGGCAAAUCGAGAGUUUGCCGUGCCGUUCAGGAAUUUGAGUUUGCAAGGAGUGCGCACCUGGGUGUUCAUGAUCAUUGUAAUCACCACAACGAGACUCGUCAUGACUGGGGUCUUGCAGUCUCGAGCACCAACCAUGUGCUUCUGGGCCUCCAAGACCUGCACCUCCUGCAAUGAACUAUAUGAUCAGAACAUUCACUUGGCUGCUGGUGCUGUCAAUUUCAUUCUUUGCUCCUUCGCGCUUGCCUUUGUUUUCACAUUUGAGCACAGCUUUGAUGAGUAUUUGAGCAGGAUUGGGCCUUUCUGGAAGUUUUGGGGAGUGAAAGGCGUAGUGUCAGUCACCUACUUUCAGUGGCUUGUUCUGAGCUAUGGACCCCUGGACUUGGACGAGAAGCGCAUCUACGAAUUGCACUGCCUGCUUUGCACCCUUGAGAUGCCAAUUCUAGCCGUUAUCCACGCUAGCUGCGCCUAUCCCUACGGGCAACCAUGGCUGGACUACUUGCUACAACUGCAACAGCAGGACAUGAGUGAGAAUGAGGCCCAAGGCGCAUCUUCCCGCGUGACCCGCUUCCGGCUGACCGAGUUCAAUGUCGACUUCACUUUUUCGACGCGAAGCUGUCAGGCCCAGUCCUGGAUUUUUGCUUUCUAUGUGGCCUUUUGGAGCGCUGGCUGCUUGGCGAGCCAUCGCUUGGUGGUGUUUGUGCUCCCUGUUGCGCAUGAAGUCCAGGGUCCGCAACCGCCCAUCUACCAUGCGACAUGCAACACAGAAGGGGACAUUUGGCAUUACCUGGCCAGCGAAUCCAGCAAGCUCCAUUUUCAGAUCCGGAACGACACCAUCGAGAAGCACCGGCUUCCCGGUGUGGGGGGUGCCUGGCUUCCUUUGUGCGGCCGUGCGAACCUGGACUGCCAGCCUGGCUUCCACGGCACACCCUCACUACGCUGCUCCCCUCAGGGCAAGUAUGAGCCCACUGGCAUCUGCAAGCCCAUCCGCUGCGGCCAACCCAACGAGGAGGCUGGGCAUGCCAGGCUUCACAAGAACAAUCUUGUCAUCCGAGAGUGGACAAGUGACAUGGUCAUCUCCUACGAGUGCAUCCGGGGCUUUGUGGGCAAGGUACGUGCCAAGUGCGGAUUGGAUGGUGGCUGGACAUUUACUGGGCAGUGCAAAGAGGUCCUAUGCCCCGAUCCACCUUUGGUACCGCGUGCCAAGCCACUGCUGGAGCCCAGCGAGUUGGAAAAUCGCACCUGGCAGGCAGGGAUGUCGUUGCGGUACCAGUGCACGGAUCCGUUCAUCGGGAUAAUCACAGCCACCUGUGAGGAUGAUGGAAAUUUCGUCCUGCACGGCCGAUGCCUUGCGUUUUGUAAAACGCCGCCAGCUGUGGACAAUGCCAUUGCAAAUUACAACAAUUCUGUUGCGAGCUUUGGCUGGUCGGAAGGGAUGAGGGUGACAUAUGACUGCAUGCCCGGCUGGAGCGGCACGGUUUUUGCAACCUGCCGCGAAGACGGGCAGUACAGCAUCGAAGGCCGUUGCCACAUGCAGUGCCCAGAUCUAAACAGGAUGCUGGAGGAUACUUAUGGGCCUGCAUGGACCGACGUCAUCUCAGUGAACGGCUCCCGCUCGCUUGACUUGACAGGCACCGGUGAGGCGGACCUGGUGGCGCUGUCCUGCGCGCCUGGCCUGGCGGGCAUGCCGCUUGCUGCCUGCCAGGAGGGCCGCUGGCAGGUGCUGGGAACUCCUUGCCAGGGUUUCCCAACUUCCAUGGGCUGCAGCUGCAAGCGCCAAUGGAAAUUCUGCCGCAACAUCCUACAGCGCAACUGCAUUCGUUGGCAUGGCUGCCAUGGCUCAGGAUCCGUCAGGUACGGGUGGUGCGAGGUCGACGAGCAGCUGCCUUGUGCUUCCGCCAACACACCUGCCUGGGAUUACUGCGUGGGCCAAGGGCCGCAAGAUGACCCCGAGAUGCCCUUGGAGAGCGAGAUGGGUGCCGUUGUGCUACGCUACGGGCUUUUCGUGGCUGCAGGCCUGCUGAGCGUAGCGGCGCUUCUCUUCCUGCGGCAGUUCCUUCCUGUGUUGGACGACUCUUGCCUGAGGCUUCAGGAGGGCCUCUGCGAGGUGCAAAACAACUACACGCGAAAGGUUACUUGGGUACUCCGCAAAGCUUCGGAGAAACUCCGACCUCCUCUUCUGGAUGACGUGAAGAUCCAGCCACAUGUCAGCUGGUUCUCGCCACUCUUCGAUGCUGGUGGCUGUCAUGGUCUCCAGCUGGAGCUGCAGAUCUUCCGUGCGGUCGAUCCACCUUUGGAGGGCCAGGAGGUUGGAGACUGUGCCGUGUACCUCUGGGCGACCAGGGGAUGCAAUCUUGUCUACAAGCUGGCAGUGGGAAGCAAGUCACAGCUUCUUGAGAAGAGGUUCAAUGGGCGAGUGCCAUAUGGCACCACGCGCCUUUGCUUCUUCACCGAUCAGAUCAACAGAGAGGAUGAUACCUUGCGCGUCUCCUGCGAAAUCCUCGAGGCUUUCAGGGAGCUAGAAUCUCCAGUGGAGCCGGCGGCGCCACAUCCUCCAGAUUGGAGGAAGGCGCUUUUGGCAGAAGGCAAGCCUGUUCCCGAGGUCGAUGCGGUGGUGGCAGCGUGUCGCGACCACAGCGGCCCGGAGCCCCUUGAAGGACAACUGCUCUACUACAUGCACAUCAACAACCGGCUGCUGGAUCUGGUCAAAGACCAAGUCGACGCGAUGAGGUGCCGCAUGGUCCGAACGGUGGAGUGGAGGAUCGAGAACGCUUCUUUGCUUCGGCUGUGCUUUCCCGAGGGUGAGGCUCUUUGCAGUCCGGACUUCGGUGCAGCAGGAAUCGAAGGCCUUCGGCUCGUCUUCUACCCUUGUGGUUACCUUGGCGCGACAGAAGGCUUUUGCUCACUUUUCCUGGUAGCGCCAGCUGGGGCGAUGCUGCAGUGCAC